UAUCUUGAGUGAAUGUGACUCCACUCACUCCAGAACAAGUUCAAUUUUGAGACGAUACAAUCCCGCGGCCGCGAGUGUAUGCGCGAAUGCAAGCAACCUUUUGUUAUAAUAUAUCAUAAUUUUAUAAAAUGAUUAAUUUUGGGAUUGGGUCUAAUAACACUUCCACUACUUCGGCGUCUACUGGGACGCCAAAUUUUAGCUUCGGGUCAAACUCUACACAAGCAACAAGUGCAUCUGGGGGUGGCUUUCAGUUAGGCCAACCAGUGUCCCAGCCCCAGACAUCGGCUGGUUUUGGAACUGUUGGCGGACUGAAUUUUGGAAGCUCCACCACUACUCCAAAUCCACUACUUGCUGGUACUUCCUCUACUGCUGCCACCACAUCCACAAGUUUUACAGGUUUUGGAUCAGUAGGCCAAGCAGCACUUGGGACAUCUUCUGCAUCAGGUUUUUCUCUUGGGAAUCCGGCUACCACAACAACUUCUAGUGGUCUUGGUGGCUUUACUUUUGGAGGUCAAACCAACACAGCCACGAGCACAGCAAGCUUAGGGGGUAUUUCUUUCGGCAGUGCAUCUGUGUCUUCUGCACCUGCUGCCUCAAAUGCUGCAGCACCCUUCAGUUUUGGUGGUCUCGGCGGUGCCGCGGUCACCUCCUCCACAGGGAGUCUCUCCCUCGGCCUGGGGGGCGCCCCCUCCCUUGGGCUUGGGGGGGCCCAGCCCCCUGCUACGUCUGUAGCAGGGGAGGCUGCAGGGAGCUCAGCAGAAGGCAGAAGUUGCAAGGAGACGCCGCUGCCACAAGACAUCUUUGCCACCAUCGCUGCAUUUGAGAGCUUCAAGAGCCAGGAGAAGGCAGCAAGUGAGGCUAACCUGCAGCAGAGCGCCACAGCGUUCCUCAAGCUGGGGGAAGACUGCGUCAAGCUACGCAGCCUCGUGACGCAGCUCAGUACUGCGCAGGCUGGUCUGCAGCAACGCGUUAACCAACUCAAGGAUAAGAUAGUCGCUAGCAGCGAAGACGUUGAGAUGACGCGCAGGACGCACGCGACGCCCACGCACCUACAGGGCGACAACACCGCACCUGAGCUCUACUUCAGUAAAGUACUGGACGAGUUUGAGCUUCACAUGACGUCUUGCAGGGACAGGAUCGAGGAGGUCGAGAAGUGUCUGGCGCUCACCGGCCAAACUCUCGACAGCAACAGUGCUGUUCGAGAGCUAGUACGACGUCAGCACGACAACCUACAGGUGGCAGCAGCUCACGUGUACCGUGUGCACGCUAAGCUCGUGCAGCUGAACGCGCUGCUGCCGUGCCCCGACCACCUCAAGCCGCAGCCUCUCUUCCGCGCCGGCGUCGGCGACCUCAGCAAACUCGACGACAACUCCUGCAGGAGCGCCGUGCCCGAGCAGAGCGGCGUCGUGCGCAACUGCUUCGAGGUGUCGGGAGGCACGAGUCGCCUGGGCGCCUACCAGCUGAGCGCGGCGAGGGCUCGCGCCCUGAGCCUCAAUCCUGCACCUCCUCCCACGCAGGGCCUCAGCACCCAGUCCUCCCUCUUCGGGAAUCUGGGCACACCGAACAACUUUGGUUCAUUAAACUUCGGCGGAGGCUUAGGCAGCACCGGCGGAGCAAGUGCUUUUGGCAACAUUGGUGCCUCAGCAUUUGGCAACACUGGUACAUCAGCAUUUGGCAACACUGGUACUUCAGCAUUUGGCAACACUGGUACCUCAGCAUUCGGCAACACUGGUACCUCUGCGUUUGGUAACUCUGGUACGUCUGCGUUUGGCAACACUGGUACCUCUGCCUUUGGCAACACCAGCAAUUCGGCAUUUAGCAACACCGGUAAUUCAGCGUUUAGCAACACUGGUUCUUCAGCGUUUGGCAAUACCGGCUCUUCGGCAUUUGGCAACACCGGUACUUCGGCAUUUGGCAACACCGGUACUUCAGCGUUUGGCAACCCCGGUACUUCGGCAUUUGGAAACACCGGUACUUCAGCGUUUGGCAACACCGGUACUUCAGCGUUUGGCAACACCGGUACUUCGGCAUUUGGAAACACCGGUACUUCAGCGUUUGGCAACACCGGUACUUCAGCGUUUGGCAACACCGGUACUUCAGCGUUUGGCAACACCGGUGCUUCGGCGUUUGGCAACACUGGUUCUUCAGCGUUUGGCAAUACCGGCUCUUUGGCAUUUGGCAACACCGGUACUUCGGCGUUUGGCAACACCGGCACUUCGGCAUUUGGCAGCCCCAAUAACUCCGCCUUUGGCAAUACCGGCACUUCUGCUUUUGGAAACACUACUUCCCCGACAUUUGGCAACACUUGCGCUUCUGCCUUCGGCAACACUAGCACAACACAAGCCGGCGGCUCACUCUUCUCAUCGCCGUUUGGACAGAGCAACAAACUUUUCAAGUCCUGAGAAUGACGGUGGCUUAACGCCACUCAUGACUGCCUUCAAAUGCCGCAGAAGACGACACGCGUCGCAAGAGGAGGCUGUGACAACCAACUCAACGUGCCAGUAGUUUUAAAUUUCAGUAAAUACUCCUACUGUGUUCAUUAGGCUCCUCUGUCUUCCGAGAAAACAUUCUGAGAACACAUUAUUAGAACAUUAUUCCCUGUGAACAACCGCCCAACUUAUGAGUCAUGAUUCCAUCUCUUUUCUUUAUUCAAGUUUACGGUAAAACAGUGAUCUGAUGCUGAUUAAUAAUCGUCCCUCAUAUAAUGCACAUGAGGUAUGUAAUACAUACAGAACAUUAAAUUUUAGAAUUAUG